AUGACCCACCUUGUCAACCUCGGUCAUAUGCUCGUCGACUUUGCGGCAAAGCGCGAGCGCUUCCUGCGGAUGUUCAGAACAAUCAACUAUUAUUACCUCCAGCCUUUUUAUCACGCUGUGUGCUACUUCAGCGGCUGUAUGACGGCUCUCAUUGUAGCAGACUUCCGAGAGCGCAAAAUUUCCAAGAUAUUUCAGUUGGCUGGCUGGUGCGCAUCGAUCAGUUGCGGGCUCCUCUGUGUGUUCGUGAAGUUUCCCUGGUACUUAAGACUGAACCCCACGUCAGAAGGCGUAGAGCUGCUCGUAUCCUUCUUCGACAGAAUACUCUGGUCGUUCAGUCUUUCUUGGAUCACGCUGGCAUGUGCUACGGGUCGAGGUGGUCCUCUGAGCAAGUUCUUGUCCUGGAACGCGUUCGUUCCGUUGAGCAGGCUUUCGUAUUGCGUGUACUUGAUGCACGUGCCAUUCCUUGAACUGUUGGUGGAAUCAUCAAGAGAACGAAUCUACUGGUCGUUAUUUAAUCUGGUCACACUCACCUUUGCCGUGCUCGUCUGGAGCUUCCUGCUGUCAUACAUGACCUUCAUCGCGUGCGAGGCACCGACCGGAGCCCUCGACAAGUUGCUUUUCGGCAGGUUGAUUGGAAAGGGGGGCGCCCGGAGGCAGGAACAUGAAGAAAAACUGGCAGGCAUCGACGUGAAGAUAGAGAACAGUGGUGGAGAGGCCAAAGACAUUUCGCUGCGUAAACCAAUCAAUGGCGCUCGUCCGUGCAGUAGUGAAUAA